AUGGACGGGAGCUUCCAAGCACCCCAUGGCACCUCAGCGGGCCUCUCUGGAGGGCCCCCUCCUCUACCGGGGGGCCCUCCACCCGUAGGAGGUCUCCCCACUGGCGGUUUUCAAGCGGCUUCCAACGCUGGGGGAUCCCUACCUCCUCUGCUGCCUGGCUUGCCGUACCCACCUCAGGCCCUGUUGGGUGGCGGGGGGGGCACAGGGCUAGCUCCGCCCGUAUUGGGUGCCCCCCCUGCAGUAGCUCCUGGGUCAGCAGGUAAUGGGGAAGACGGCGGUGCUCCCUCUGGGGGGGCUCCGUCGUGGACUUUAGAGGGUCGGGGUCGUGCGGAGGGUGCCCCGCGGCAAAGCUCAACGGGGGGCCGCAAUCUGUACAUCCAUAACGUUUCCAAGGAGGCAAGAGAGGCAGACGUGAGGGCCUUUUUUUCGCAAUGCGGAGAGGUCGAAAGUGUCGCCCUCAGGGUCAACCAAAGGGUGGGGCCCAAUGCCGUUUACGCCUUUGUUCUCUACAAAAACGCAGAGGAUGCCAGACGCUGUUUUGAAACACUCAACGGAAAAACCUUUAUGGGCCGCUGUGUCCGCGUAGAGUACCAACGGGGACGCGCCGGGGGCCGAAACGGCGGAGCAGAUGAUGCAGGCUCGGAGGCGGGCAGCGAACUUCAUGCCGCUGCUGCGGGGAGCAGCAGCAACAGCAGCAGGCGGCCCAACAGGGGUAAACAGCACACAGAAAGAGGCGGAAACCGGAGCGACAGAGACUGGGACAGAAGGGGCAGGCAGCCCAUGAGGCCGGUGGACGACGAGCGGCGGGAUGGGGAUCCGCGGAUAAGGGACUGGGGACACGACGAGGACGCGAUGUAUCGCAGGGACGUCCACAAUGGUCUCAUGCUUCCGCCGCAGCCACAGCCACCGCCCCAGCAGCAGCAGCAGCAGCCUCCAGAGCAACUGCAGCAGCAGCUAGAGGUUCCGGUAGCUCGCGAGCCGCUUUUGUUGUUCCCUCUGCUGCAGCAGCACCGGGCACGGCAGGGCUUUCCCUUUCCUAAGGAUUUUUCUUCUUCCCCUGCUGCUGCUCCUGGUGCGGCUUCGGGCCUCCCUGCCGCCGCAACAGGGGCCGGGUCUGCAGGGACUCCGUGUGGCGCGGGCUCGCAGUGGAGGUGGACUUUGGGGCGCAAUGACAGAAAGAAAGUUGCAGUCACAGCCCUUUGUCUACAGGGGGAGGUCCCACUGGAGAUGCAGCAGCUGCAAAGUAUGUUGAACGUAAGCCAUCGCAGCAAGUGUGAGGAGUUAGCCCUUAAACCCAUGGAUGCGGCUGUGUUGCUGCAACCGGCUUCACCCGAGAACGAAGCUUCUUUCAACGAAUAUCUGUCGUACUUCCGAUCCAAAGAACGGGCUGGCGUUGCGUGUUUGCCGGGCGGUGUGUUUUUGUACUUCGUUCCGCCGGGAUUCCAGGUCUUCGACAAAUACAGAUAUCUCUUCCCGCAGCACCUCAGGGCCAGCAACUCAGUAAUGAUUGGACUUCUUGGCCCCUCCCCCCACUCGGGGUCUGCUGCAGGGGCGUCGCAUGCAGCGCCCGAACAGCAACAGCAGCCACAGCAGCAGUGGCAGCAACAGCAGUUGCCGGGAUCUGCGCCGCAGCAAGCGUGGCCGCAGCAGCAACCUUGGCAGCAGCAGCAUCAGCAGCAGCAGCCGUCAUGGCAGCAGCCUCAGCUCCAGCAGGGCUGGGCGCAGCAGCAGCAGACUACGCAAGCUAAACAACAGUUUGGAAUGACUCAGUCCUGGCAACAGCAGCCGCCCCAGCAGCAGCAGCCUCAGCAGUGGUCGCCAGAUCCUCUGCAGCAGCAGCAAGAACAAGUGCCUCCGGUGCAGCAGCAACAGCAAGUACCUCCAAUGCAGCAGCCACAGCAGCCGUGGCAGCAGCAACAGCAGCAGCAGCAGUCUUGGCACCAACAGCCGCCGCAGCAGCAAAGUGGUAGUUCUCCGACCACAAUGCCGGAGCAGCAGCAACAGCAAGAGGGGCCAGCAGGAGGCAUUAGCUGGAUGCAGCAGCUAAGCAACAUGGCCGCCUUCUUAGGAGCGAAAAAGUGA